AUGGCGGACCGCGAUGUCCUUCCCGAUGCCAUCAGGCCCUCGCAUUAUGUCGUCUCCCUGCGCGAGCUUGACUUCAAGAACUGGACCUACCAGGGAACCGUCAGGCAAGUUGCCAACCACCCCAUUGACGUAGAGGUUGUCAAGCCCACCAAGGAGGUCGUCAUCAACGCCCUCGAGCUCAAGCUGUCCAAGGCUUCCGUUACCGUCACCCAGAACAAGUCGACCGAAUCGUACGAAUCCGCCUCCAUCUCCCUCGAUGAGAAGAAGCAGCGCGCUGUCAUCGCCUUUGACCAGGAGAUUCCUGCCUCCCAGAAGGCUUCGGUCCUCAUCCACUUUGAGGGUAUCCUGAACAACGACAUGGCCGGCUUCUACCGCAGCAAAUACACCCCCGCCGUCACACCCGCUGCCUCGGUCCCCCGCGAUGACGAGUGGCACUACAUGCUGAGCACCCAGUUCGAGCCCUGCGAUGCGCGUCGCGCCUUCCCCUGCUUCGACGAGCCCAACCUCAAGGCCACCUUUGACGUCGAGCUCGAGAUCCCCGACGACCAGGUCGCUCUCAGCAACAUGCCCGUCAAGGACACCAAGAAGACGCGCGAUGGCUUCCACCUGGUCUCCUUUGAGACCAGCCCCAAGAUGAGCACAUACCUUCUCGCCUGGGCCAUCGGCGACUUUGAGUACGUCGAGGCCUUUACCGAGCGCCGCUACAAUGGCAAACAGCUGCCUGUCCGUGUCUACACCACGCGCGGUCUCAAGGAGCAGGGCCGCUGGGCUCUGUGGCACGCGCCCAGGAUCAUCGAUUACUUCUCUGACAUUUUCGGCAUCGAGUACCCUCUGCCCAAGGCCGACCUGCUCGCCGUCCACGAGUUCUCCGCCGGCGCCAUGGAGAACUGGGGUCUGGUCACCUACCGUACGACGGCUGUCCUCUACGACGAGAAGACGUCCGAGCCCCGCUACGCCAACCGCGUGGCCUAUGUCGUCGCUCACGAGCUCGCCCACCAGUGGUUUGGCAACCUUGUCACCAUGGACUGGUGGGACGAGCUGUGGCUGAACGAGGGCUUUGCCACCUGGGUUGGCUGGCUCGCAACUGAUCACCUGCAUCCCGAGUGGCAGGUCUGGCCGCAAUUCAUCAACGAGGGAAUGGAGAUGGCGUUCAAGCUCGACAGUAUCCGUGCCAGCCACGCCAUCCACGUACCCGUCAAGGACGCCCUCGACGUCAACCAGAUCUUCGACCACAUCAGCUACCUCAAGGGUUGCUCCGCCAUCCGCAUGCUCGCAAACCACCUCGCGUCGAGACCUUCCUCAGGUCGUGUCUACUACCUGAAGAAGCACCAGUACACCCCCCUGCUCGCUUCCUCUCACGCCCACCGCCUCAUCGGCGCCCAGCGAAUUAUUUCGAUUGUGCUGCAGAAGAAGGAGGACACCAUCACUGACAUUGAUUCCGAGUUCUACAAGCUCAACUCUGGCGCCUCGGGCUUCUACCGCGUCAACUACCCGCCCGAGCGCCUGCUGCAGCUUGGCAAGCAGCUCGACCGCCUGUCCAUCGAGGACAAGAUUGCCAUCAUCGGAUCCGCUGGUGAUCUCGCCUUCUCGGGCAACGGCACCACUGCUGCGCUCCUCUCGUUCAUCCAAGGCUUCAGCAAGGAGGACAACUACCUGGUCUGGAGCCAGGUGCUUGACUCCAUCGCAUCGGUCAAGUCUGUUUUCGGCGAAGACGAGGUCAUCAAGAAGGGCCUCGAGGCCUUCACCCUCAAACUGAUCGACGAAGCCGUUAGUAAGGUCGGCUGGGACUAUCCCGAGGGCGAGAGCUACCUCACUGGUCUGCUGCGCAAGCGUCUUAUCCUCACCGCCGGUGUCAACGGCCAUGCUAGCGUCACCGAGGAGGCUCUCAAGCGAUGGAAGGCCUAUGUCGAGUCGCCCGAGUCGAACCCUCUCCCGCCGGCCCUGCGCACGCCCGUGUUCCGCGUGGCCGUCAAGCACGACCCCGUCAAGGCGGUCGAGGUGCUCAAGAAGGAGUGGUUCACGACAAAGUCGAUCGACGGAAAGGAGGUCUGCCUCAGCGCCAUCAGCGCGGCCCGCGACACGGAGCUCGUCAAGAAGACGAUCCUCCCCUUCCUCUUCAACCGGUCCCCGCCCGCGCCGGCCUCCGAGUCGGUGCCCUCGUCCGACAUGCACGUGCUGGCCUCGGGCCUCGGCGCCAACGCGUCCGCCCGCGAGGCCCAGUGGCAGUACCUCCAGGCCCACUGGGACGACUGCGUCGUCAAGGCCGGCAACAACGUCGUCGUCGACCGCCUCGUCUCCACGAGCCUGUCCAAGUUUGCCGACGCCGACAAGAUCAGCGAGAUUGACGCCUUCUUCGCCGGCAAGGACACGGCCGGCUUCAACCGCACCCUCGAGACGGCCAAGGAUAAGAUCCGCGGCCGCGCCGCCUACCGCCAGCGCGACGCCGCCGCUCUCAAGGCGUGGCUCGCCGCCAACGGCUACGCUGCGUAG